AUGAGCGCGCAGGACGACGAGCCGACAACUUACGAGGAGACGCUGGAAAGGUGGGCGCUGUACGACUGCAGCGCCAUCGAAAGAGCGCGCAAUAAUGACGAGAUGAGGCGUCUCUUUCAACGGUUCCGAGCUACUCGGGGCAAGCCUGCCACGGCCACAAGAACCGUGACCCUCCAGUCCCUGGACAAAGCAUGGACUUCGUUCGUACUUCGAUGGAACAAGGAAGGCGGGGAAGCCUUCGAGCGCACAUUACAGGAACGUGAGGCGACUCACGCUCGGCUGUCCGUCGGUACUUUGAAAGCUCAGGUGUGCCAGCUGUCAGAUGACCAAGGUCGCCAGUGCUGUUCUGUACAUCGUGGAAAAGGAUUGGAGAGAUGGCAUCGUCGCGGUGAGGAGAGCCGCGACCCUCACGAGAAGCCGUGGAUCCAGAACGAGAGUCAUCGUGGUUCAGGACCCAAUUGGCGGUAUGCCGAAGUUUACCCUCACUAUGCGCGAGAGGCGCGAGGCCGUCGCGCAGAAAGAGAGGAUCGUGUGCGCCGGAUGGAUGCUGCGAUCACGCAGCGUCUGGAUCGCCUUGCUCGACGUGUGGAGUAUCUGGAACGGGAGAACCAAGAGUUGCGUCAUCGCCGGCGUCGACAAGAUAUGGCGCAGGGCGACCACGGUAGCGUGGGCGCAGAGGACGAUGUACGUCUAGAAGCGUUGGCGCCGGACGAUCUAGACGGGAGGAGACACGAGCAUGACGCCGAUAACUCGCGUAAACUGGGGCAAAACCCGUUUACGUCGGAUUAG